CCCAUCCAAUCGGAGCCGCGGUGUGCGGGGGGGGGGGGGGAUAUCCUGCUAUCGGACACCCCCUCCGCCGAGAGGUGCCCCUUUAAAAUAACCUGGCGAGCCAGGGGCUGGCGUGUGUGAGCGCGGCGUGGGGGAGACGGAGCGGGAGCGGGAGCGGGAGCGGGAGCGGCAGCGGCUUCCGUACCGCCGGGGCUGCACAGUAAUAAACGGGCUUCCCGCCCGGUACCGCGGGAUGUUCCCAGCCGUUGUGCUGGGCUAGCGGGAGCGCAGCAGCCCCCUCAGGCAGCCAGAGAGAAGCCGCCGCCGCCGCCCCUUCUCUCAGGUGUCUCCGGUCCCCUCGCCCCGGCUGCGUGCGGCUGCGGGAGCCCGCGGAGAUGACGCUGAGUGAGAAGCUGGAGACGCAGGGAGUUGGGGGCGCUCCCGACCCUUCUGCUACCCCCUUUCCCAGCCCGGCGCUGCGGGAGCUGCAGGGCGCCCAGGCGGCGGCCGGGGAGCCGAGGCAAGAGAACGGAGAGGGGCGUCCAGGCGGCCAGUCCGCCCUGCUGGUGGAGGGUCCCUCUGCGGGGCCGCAGGGGGCCGAGCCCCCCGAGGGCGGCUGGGGCUGGGUGGUGAUGCUGGCCGCCAUGUGGUGCAACGGUGCCGUGUUCGGCAUCCAGAACUCGUGCGGCGUCCUCUUCGUCUCCAUGCUGAGGGAGUUCGGCUCGCAGGACGACAAGCAGCUGGUGUUCAAGACAGCUUGGGUGAGUUCCCUGUCCAUGGGAAUGAUUUUCUUCUGCUCUCCCAUAGUCAGUGUAUUCACAGACAUAUUUGGUUGUCGAAUAAUAGCCGUUGUUGGAGCUGCAGUGGGGUUUGUUGGACUUCUUUUAAGCUCUUUUGUAAGCACCAUUGAACCUCUGUAUUUCACCUAUGGAAUCUUAUUUGCCUGUGGUUGUUCAUUUGCAUACCAGCCAUCCUUGGUCAUUCUGGGGCACUAUUUCAAGAAGCGCCUUGGACUAGUUAAUGGCAUCGUCACUGCCGGCAGCAGCUUAUUCACUGUGUCACUGCCUUUUCUUUUGAGAGUGUUGAUUGAUUCGGUUGGCCUGUACAACACUUUAAGGGUUCUGAGCAUCCUUAUGUUUGUUCUUUUCCUGGCUGGCUUCAGUUACAAACCCCUCAUUUCCAGUGCAAGUGACAAAGAGGGUGGAAAGAAGGGCAUGUUGAGAUUUCCUCCUGCAAAGAAGAUUUUCAGUUUCUCCAUUUUCAAGGUUACGGGUUAUCGAAUCUGGGCUUUUGGAAUCCCCGCUGCACUUUUUGGAUACUUUGUGCCUUAUGUUCACUUGAUGAAACAUGUAAAAGAGAGGCUUGGUGAAAAUGUACAAGAAGAGGUGCUUCUGCUGUGUCUUGGAAUCACUUCAGGAGUCGGACGAUUGAUCUUCGGCAGAGUUGCAGACUAUAUUCCUGGUGCAAAAAAAGUUUAUUUACAGGUGAUCUCAUUCUUCUUAAUUGGCCUGAUGUCCAUGAUGAUUCCACUGUGCCAUACCUUGGGAAGUCUCAUUGCUGUCUGCCUCUUCAUGGGUCUAUUCGAUGGCUGCUUCAUUUGUAUCAUGGCUCCUAUUGCCUUUGAGCUAGUUGGUGCACAGGAUGUCUCCCAGGCCAUAGGAUUCCUGUUAGGACUCAUGUCAGUGCCUAUGAUAGUUGGUCCACCCAUUGCAGGUAUACUGCGUGACUACCUAGGUACCUAUGAUGUAGCAUUUUACCUGGCUGGAGUUCCCCCCAUUAUUGGAGGAAUUAUAUUAUCUUUCAUCCCAUGGGUUCACGAAAAGAAGAAGCCAAAAGAGAAAGAAAAAGCUGUUGAUGAAGAAACAACUAAGAAAAUGCUGGAAAAUGAAAGCACUUCAGUCUCAGGCACAUCAGAAAAGCCCAGUAAAGAAUCUGAAUCUGUUGUUUGAUGCUUUAUCUUUCCACUGGACUGAAUUCAUUUUUACAGGAGCUAGAUAAGAAUUCUGGCUUUCAGUUGAAAAUAGUAUAUUAUUUUUAAUGGAAUGUGUGUUCAGAUUGCAGAACAAAACUGCUAAGAGCUAAGAAUCUUUUGUACCACUGAGCAGUUUUCUUAGAAGUCCCUGAGUCUAGUUUCAAUCCAUAUUUUUAUGGCAUUUGAGGUUUUAUAGUAUCAGUGUGCACCUGCUAGUUAUUCUGUGUUUAAGGAGAUUAUUGUUCUAAUCUAUCACAGCAUGCUUCUGGAAGUGUGAAAACUGUUUAGUUUGAUUCAUUGACUCUUCCAGGAUGGCUUCAAUAAUUUUAGUCCAUCAAGUAGAAGCAAAUUCUUGUGUUGUUUUUCCUGGAAUUUCUAGUACCUCUUCUGACUGACUUUUGUUUUAAUUUCUUAUGCCAUUUUAACACUUUUUAAAAUUCUGUAUUAUGAUAAUGAAUAGUCUUCUUUUUUUGAUCCUCUAAACUCUAAUCCUUGCUGAAAUUAUUUUGCUUUGGGAGCUAAAUUAUUUAACAGAUCCUCAGCUUUACUUUCUCUUAAUACUCCAACCUGUUCCAUUUGCUUAAACCUCUCUGGACCAUUUUUACGUUUAUUUCUCAGUAGCCUGAACAUAGAACAUUUUAGGAUAAGUUUGUGAUAAUACAUAUAUUAAACACUCAAAAAGUGAAGGGUAUGGACUCACACAGGCAAAUAAACUCAGAAUUAAGGCUGUUAAACCAUUAUUACAUCAUCCUUUGUCCCCCAAUGCUCCAGUGAAUCUAGUUCUUUUUCAGGUAAACUUCGGAAUAGCUCUUAGUCUUAAAACCAUACAAAGUGCAAUACUUGGGUACAAUACCAUGAGUUAGACAAAGCCAAAUUCUGAAUUUCUGUGUUUCCUUUCAGGUUUUGACUCUUCAAAAAACAACAAAAAGACAUCUUUAAGGGAUACAUUUUAAGUGUGCAAUAAGAUGCAAUUGUUCAUACCAAUAAAUGGAAAUAGCUCUAUACAUAAGAGCUAUUAAAGUAACAUUAAACACAUUGGGAAGAGAUUUUGCACUAAGUGAAUAUGCAGCUUUAUUAUGGGCCUUUAAAAUUUUGCACAUGUGAUACAACUCCAUCUUUUCAAGAAAUUGUAGAGAAUUUUUGCAUGCACGAUUACUUAUCCUUAACAUAUCUCAUUACUUGUGUACUUCUAGGUAUUAUAUAUAUAGUUUGUCAAACCCAUACUUCUGAAAAACCUAUUUUUCUGAAAGUUACUUUUAAAAAAUCUAAACAAAACAGAGUGCUUUUCAGUUUAUCAUGAUUACACUUGCAAAUAUUGCCUCUGUUUGGAUUUGCAUUGACAAUGCAAUGUAAGACUGAAAUAGAUAUUCAUUACCCAGGCGCACUCAUCGCCAUCUGUUUUAGUUUUCCUAUGUUAGGAGUGCCUUAGCAAACAAGCUGUUAAGUGUUAUCUGUUGAAAAUAUUACAAAAAAAUUCCAUUGAAAAUAAUUACAUAAGUAUCCACAUUAUUAAGAGCCAGAUUUUGUAACCCUUGUACACAAUUGCAUAGUAUUAUUGAUUCAUUUCAGUUUCUACUCAACAUGAGCAAGGCUGUCAGAAUCUGGCAUUAAAAUGGGAAAUGGUAAAGUGAUAUUUAUACCCCUUGGCAGGGGUGGCCAACUUGUGGCUCCGGAACCACAUUCAGCUCUUCAGAAGUUAAUACGCAGCUCCUUGUAUAGACGCUGACUCUGGGAUUGGAGCUAUAGGCACCAACUUUCCAAUAUGCCGGGGGGGAGAGGGUGCUUGCUGCUAAACCCCUGGCUCUGCCACAGGCCCUUCCUGUCCCCUCCCCGAGCCUGCUGUGCCCUUGCUCCUGCCUCUCUCCCCCCCCACCUUCUGCAUGCCACAGAACAGCUGAUCAGGAGGUGCUCAGGGAAAGAGGGGAAGGCAUUGAUCCUCGGGGCUGCCGGUGCGUGGGAGGCACUGGGAGCGGGGCAGGGAAGCUGAUGGGGGGCUGCUGAUAUAUUACUGUGGCUCUUUGGCAAUGUACAUUGGUAAAUUCUGGCUCAGGCUGGCCACCUCUUGGGAAAGUUUUUCAGAAAUGCCUAAGAAAUGUAAGACUCUUAAUGGGACUUGGGCUCCUAAAUCUCUCACGUACUUCUGAAAAUCUUUCAUUGUAAGUAAUGUUGCUAGUUCAAAUUCCCACAAUUCUUUAAUUACAGAAAUUACAUUAGCAAUCAUGUUGUUCUUGUGUUUCCUUCCAGGUAACAUUGUUCAAUAUUGCGUAUUAUCAUUACAAUACACACUGAUACUGCAUAGAAACCUAUGUGGAAACCACUGUAUUCAUUUCAGUUGACU